AUGGAAAAGGGAGUGGCACCCGUGAUUACGGAAAAAACUUCCCAUAUUCGUGAGGAGCAGAGCCAUGAGACCCUCACAGAUCCCCAUGACGGGGGAGAGCAUCUUCCAAAAGCACCAGCCACUUCCGAGUUGUCUGGCAAGGUUUUGGCGAUGCAGGAACGAGAUCUGGCUGCAGGCUAUAGCAAGCGGGAGCUAGGCGUUACCUGGCAAAAUUUGACGGUCGAAGUCCUUUCAGCAGAGGCGGCAGUGAACGAAAACUUUUUCUCCCAAUUCAACCUUGUCCAACUUGCGCGUGAUAUGCGAAAGAAGCCUCCCAUGCGACACAUCUUACAGAACAGUCAUGGUUGCGUGAAGCCGGGAGAAAUGCUUCUUGUACUAGGACGUCCGGGUUCCGGUUGCACUACCUUGUUGAACAUCCUCUCAAACCGGAGAGCCGGCUAUCGAUCAGUUACAGGGGAUAUCAAAUUUGGCACUAUGACACCCGAACAGGCCAUGCCGUAUCAGAGCCAGAUCGUAAUGAAUAGCGAGGAGGAGAUCUUCUUCCCGACUCUGACAGUUGGUCAGACCAUGGACUUUGCUACCCGUCUGAAGGUCCCUUUUCAUCGUCCUGAAGGGGCCUCUCAAGCAGAUUGGGCGGGUGAAUUCAAGCAAUUCCUUCUGGAGUCGAUGAAGAUCUCACAUACCCAGGACACCAAAGUUGGAAACGAGUUCGUGCGUGGCGUUUCAGGCGGAGAGAGGAAGCGCGUUUCAAUCAUCGAGUGCAUGGCAACAAGGGGCUCGGUGUUUUGCUGGGAUAACAGCACCCGUGGCCUGGACGCAUCCACUGCACUUGAAUGGGCGAAAGCGUUGCGUGCAAUGACUGAUAUUCUGGGGCUGACCACUAUUGUUACGUUAUACCAAGCGGGUAACGGGAUCUAUGAUUUAUUUGAUAAGGUCUUAGUGCUGGAUGAAGGCAGGCAAAUUUUCUAUGGUCCAGCAUCCUCAGCAAAGCCCUUCAUGGAGGACUUGGGCUUUGGCUAUACUGAUGGUGCCAAUGUGGCUGAUUUUCUGAGUGGUGUCACUGUACCAACUGAGCGGAAGAUUAUCCCCGGGUAUGAGGGUUUAUUUCCCAGAACACAUGAUGAACUCCUUGCAGUCUAUCAGAAGUCGCAGAUCUGCCAAGAUAUGAUGAGUGGGUAUGACUAUCCAGCGACACCGCUGGCCCAGGAGCGGACGAUUGCAUUUCAAGAAUCUGUGGCAUUCGAAAAAGACACUUCACUCCCGAAAAACAGCCCCCUAACGACUGCAUUCCUGCAACAGCUCAAAAUUUGUGUCAUCCGCCAAUAUCAAAUUAUCUGGGGCGAAAAGUCCACUUUCUUCAUUCGACAAUUUGUCUCCCUUGCCAUGGCUUUGAUCGUGGGAUCUUGUUUCUAUAAUUCGCCGGAUACUUCGGCUGGUUUAUUUACAAAGGGCGGAGCAGUCUUUUUCUCUCAGGUCUACCAAGUGACCCUGGCAAUGGCUGAAGUUACCGGCUCUUUCAAAGGGCGACCAAUUGUACUCAAACACAAAGCAUUUGGCUACCAUCAUCCAGCUGCCUAUGCUUUAUCGAUCCUGGCUGCAGAGCUUCCUGUGGUUAUUUUUCAAUGCACCAUUCUCACUGUUGUGUUGUAUUGGAUGGUUGGUCUCAAAGCAACGGCUGCUGCAUUUUUCACUUUCUGGAUCAUUCUCAUUGCUAUCACUUUUUGUAUCAACGCAAUGUUCAGGUCGAUUGGCGCUGCAUCCCCGAACCUAGAAGUGGCUUCUAACUUAUCUGGUAUCAUCAUGAAGUUUCUCGUGAUGUACACCGGCUACAUGAUUCCCAAACCACACAUUAAGAAUUGGUUUGUGGAGCUCUAUUACGCGAAUCCAAUGGCCUACUCCUUCCAAGCAGCUCUGACCAAUGAAUUCCAUGAUACAACAAUGCCUUGUGUUGGCUCGUCUCUAAUUCCUCAUGGAGAUGGCUAUGGUGACUCCGAAUACCAAUCCUGCGCUGGCGUGCAAGGUGCGGAAAGAGGUGCUACCUAUGUCACUGGUGACAAUUAUCUUGCUGCUCUUCACUGGAAGCAUUCUCAACUCUGGCGCAAUUUCGGAGUUAUUUGCGGAUGGUGGGUCUUCUUUGUGAUUAUUGCUAUUGUAUCAACAUGCAUGUGGAAAGCCAGAGGAGCAGGCAGUAGCUCGCUUCUAAUCCCUCGAGAAAAGAUGAAGCACUUCCAACACCAUACAGACGAAGAAACCCAACCUCCAGGCAGCAAAGAAUCACAAACUACUCGAGCUAUUGCUGCAGCUGAUGAUUCUAAUGGUGCCACACUUAUGCGGAACACUUCGGUUUUCACGUGGAAAAACCUGGUUUAUACAGUAAAGACCCCUUCGGGAGAUCGGGUGCUUCUGGACAAUAUCUACGGAUGGGUCAAACCAGGAAUGCUUGGUGCUUUGAUGGGAUCAUCUGGCGCAGGAAAAACGACUUUGCUUGAUGUACUCGCACAACGAAAAACCGACGGCACAAUUCGAGGAACUGUUUUGGUUGACGGCCGUGAACUUCCUGUGUCCUUCCAGAGAAUGGCUGGAUAUUGCGAACAACUUGACGUCCAUGAACCCUUUGCAACUGUGAGAGAGGCACUCGAAUUUUCUGCUCUUCUUCGACAACCCGAAAAUGUCCCAAAGGAGGAGAAACUAGCCUACGUUGAGACUAUUAUUGAUCUUUUGGAACUACAUGAUCUCGCAGACACACUUAUUGGAAGUGUCGGUGAGGGACUAAGCGUUGAACAACGUAAACGUGUUACUAUUGGUGUUGAGCUUGUUUCCAAGCCUAGCAUCCUUAUAUUCUUGGAUGAGCCUACAUCUGGACUUGAUGGCCAAUCUGCUUAUAACACAGUCAGAUUUUUGCGCCGACUAGCUGAUGCUGGUCAGGCAAUCCUAGUAACGAUUCAUCAGCCCUCUGCUCAGCUAUUUGCUCAAUUUGAUACGCUUCUUCUACUAGCUCGAGGGGGCAAGAUGGUCUACUUCGGUGAUAUUGGUGACAAUGCUUGUACAGUCAAGAACUACUUUGCACGAUACGGAGCACCCUGUCCGACAAACAGCAAUCCCGCUGAGCAUAUGAUUGAUGUGGUCACUGGCGGUAUUGAAGCUGUGAAAGAUAAGGAUUGGCACCAAGUUUGGCUGGAUUCCAAUGAAAAUGCCGCUGCAUUAGCAGAGCUUGAUCACAUUGUUGCUGAUGCUGCUGCUAAACCACCAGCAACGGUAGAUGACGGUAGGGAGUUUGCUACCAGUCUCUGGACCCAAAUAAAGCUCGUUACGCAACGAAUGAAUGUGGCCUUGCUGAGGAAUACAAAAUAUGUGAAUAACAAGCUGGAGUUACACAUUAUUUCUGCCUUACUCAAUGGUUUUUCAUUUUGGCAUCUUGGACACACUGUGCAAGGUCUACAGUUAAAAAUGUUUACCAUUUUUAAUUUCACAUUUGUUGCACCAGGCGUUAUCAACCAGCUCCAGCCUCUGUUUAUUCAACGCCGUGACAUUUAUGAUGCCCGGGAAAAGAAGUCGAGGAUGUACUCCUGGAUUGCUUUUGUUACAGGUCUUAUUGUUUCUGAGUUUCCCUAUCUUUGCCUUUGUGCUGUCUCUUAUUUUGUCUGUUGGUACUAUCAGACAAACUUGCCUCAUGCAUCCAAUGAAGUUGGAGCAAUCUUCUUUAUCAUGCUGAUAUAUGAAUUUAUCUACACUGGCAUUGGGCAAUUCGUGGCGGCCUAUGCUCCAAACGCGACGUUUGCAGCUCUGGUCAAUCCUCUGAUUGUGAACAGUUUAGUACUAUUCUGUGGUGCUUUCGUUCCUCAGCCAGAGUUGAAUGUAUUCUGGAAGUACUGGUUCUACUACCUAAACCCUUUCAACUAUGUUGUGGGAGGCAUGCUCACCUUCGGAAUUUGGAACGCCGAGGUGGUCUGCAGUUCAGAUGAGUUCGCUUACUUUGACCCGCCUAAUGGAACGUGCAAAGAGUAUCUGUCAGAAUAUAUGGCCGGUGCGGGCUCUGCCAUCAAUCUGAUCAACCCAGAGGCGACUUCCCAGUGCCAAGUCUGUGAAUAUACCCGUGGGAGUGACUAUUUGAAGACACUCAACAUCAACGACUACUACUACGGCUGGCGAGAUGCUGGAAUCUGCGUGAUCUUCGCGAUCAGUGGAUACAUGUUGGUGUUUGUCAUGAUGAAGCUUCGAACCAAGGCUUCCAAGAAGGCAGAGUAG